AUAUAUAUAUGUAUAAUUUCCUUUUUUCUAGGAUUAAAAAGUAGUAAAAACUGUUGCAAUUGUUAUUAAUUAUGAAUUUAUUAAAAUUGAAAAAUAUUGAUAAAGAUAUAAAACAAAUAGAAGCAGAAGACAAGUCUAUAAACAGCAAAGUAAAGAAAUCUAAAAAAGUAGAAAAUUUCUAUACACAAGUAUCUAAUAAUUUACCACUAUCUACUACAUCUCAAUCACCUCGCAAACUAUUUCAGCCAUUUUUUCAAAAUGAACAAGAUAUAUACCAUAGUAAUGAAUCAAAUGAACAGGAGGCAUUUUCCGUAUGCAAAGAGAUUCAUUCAAAUUUAAAUAUUAAACAAUAUGUGCAUUCAGAUCAAUAUCCUGUAAAAGAAAAUAUUUCAUCUGAAUUUAAGAGACAAACAUAUCAUUCUAGAAAAGAAAGCAAAUUUUUUUAUGCAAAUGAAUUUAAACAGCAAAAAAGUCUAUCAGAAAUAUGUUUUACAAAAGACUCAAAAACCUCACCACAAUUAUCCCAACAUAAAAAUAUUUCGCCUCCAGAAAAGCAGCAGUUGCCAAAAUUUUUUCAUGUAAAUGAAAACUUUAUAUUGUCAGAUCAUUAUUUAUUAUCUCAAGACUCAAAUUUACCUGUUUCUUGGAAACCGGUUCAACCAAUAUCAAAAGAUAACUAUGAUGAGUCAUUAAUUAUUCCAUCAAGAAAUAAAACUCCAUUAGGCUCUCCGUCAAGAAGAGAGGUAAAGAGCACAAAUAUAAAAAAUCUUUCAAAUAUUCAGUAUAUAAAUGACACAUUUUCUAUGAACAACGAAAUAGAGAAAUCUCCUCAAAGUAUCUCUAAAACUUCAAAAAUUCCAUUAAGAGGUGCGUUAAUAGAAGAAUCGGAACAUACAAAAUUUGCUCGUACAAAUAGAAAAAUACUUGAUUUAGAGAUCUCUAACACAUCAUUACUUGCUCUAAAUAAUACAUUAGAGAAACAAACUCGUCGUCAAAUGUCUGAAAUUAAAGCAUUGCGUAAAAAAAUUGUUCCAGAUAAUAUAUCUAUUACAAGUUCAACUACAAACUCCACAUCGAAUUCUGAAGAAAAUGACUCUUCACAACUAUUUCAAAAUUCAAAUUCAUCUAUAAUAGAUUUUCAAAAAAUUGUAAAUGACUCGUUAUUUUUUACAAAGUCUUUAAAAAAGGCUCUUAAACUUACAAAACAUCUAAUAAAUGAGGGACGACAUGCUUUAGAAAAUCAAAAAGGUAUAGAUAUACCUAUAUACUUGAAAGUUAUGAAAAGGAGCACUAAUUCAGAAGUAUUAAACUAUGAGAAUGCAGAGAUUUUUGAAAAUUCAUGAAAAAGCAUAUAUAUAAAUAAGAAUAUAAAAAUAAAACAUAUGAAUAAUGAAAAUACAAGA